CCCGCACAGCACAAGUUGCCCCAGCAGCGAGGCGCACGGCACAAAAGUUCCUCCACAGGAAUGGGCAAGUUUCAGAAGAACGCUUUUCUUUUAUGUUUCGCAUCUACUGUCCUCAGAACAGCGCGGGCUUGGAUAUAAGGAUCGACUGUGUUGAUAAACCGCACCAGAUUUGGGAAGUUUUUGGUGAUUUCUCACUCUUUGGAUUGGUUGCGCUUCAUCUGAAGUUAAAACUAAAGAGGAGGGCCGGGGGGGGGGUGUUCGCUCGUGUGGCCUGAAAAAAAAAUGUGUUCCUCUACGCUGCAUCGCAGUCUUGCAAGGUUUGCAGUGGUUUUUCUUCUGUUUUUGAGGCUGCAGCGUGGAUCUGGAGCUAACACAAGGACGUGUCCCCCUCCCUGCGCGUGUUCUGGGGAGCUUUUGGACUGCAGUCGGCUGAGGGGCCAAAUUCCAGACACGAUUCCGGAAUGGACAGUUCAACUGGACCUGAGCCAUAACAAAUUGCAGGUGCUUGACAGCACUUUGUUUUCCAAACUACAGCAUCUAAGUGAAAUAAAGCUGAACCACAAUGAACUGGAGGCAAUACCUGAUUUGGGCCCUUACGCUUCAAACAUCACAACACUCAUUCUAGCAAACAACAGGAUCACCAGGAUCUCUGUGGAGCAGCUCAGGCCCUUCCUCACUCUGGAAACGCUCGACCUCAGCAACAACAACAUCGUGGAUCUAAAGGCCAGCUCCUUCCCCGCGCUGCCUCUCAAGAACCUUUUCCUCAACAACAAUCGGAUCUCGUCACUGGAGACGGGCUGCUUCACCAACCUGUCCAGCAGUCUGCAGGUUCUUCGGCUCAACCGCAACCGCCUCUCCACCAUCCCAGCCAAGAUCUUCCAGCUGCCCAACCUCCAGCAUCUGGAGCUGAGCAGGAACCGGGUUCGCAGGGUGGAGGGCCUGACGUUCCACGGCCUGCAUGCUCUUCGCUCCUUGAAGAUGCAGAGAAAUGGCCUCAGCCGCCUGAUGGAUGGAGCCUUCUGGGGCCUCAGCAACAUGGAAGUCCUGCAGCUGGACUACAACAACCUGACAGAGGUGAGUAAGGGCUGGCUGUACGGCCUGCUGACUCUGCAGCAGCUCCACCUCGGCCACAACGCCAUCAGCAGGAUCCGACCUGACGCCUGGGAGUUCUGCCAGAAGCUCAGCGAGCUCAACCUCCCCUCCAAUCAUCUGUCCAGACUGGAGGAAUCCAGCUUCGUAGGCCUCAGCCUGUUGGACGAGCUCCACAUCGGAAACAACCGUGUGAGCUUUAUUGCAGACGGAGCUUUUCGUGGCCUCUCAAACCUGCAGAUGCUGGAUCUCCAAAAUAAUGAAAUCUCCUGGACCAUUGAAGACAUGAAUGGGCCUUUCUCUGCCUUGGACAAGCUGAAAAAGCUAUUUCUGCAGGGGAACCAGAUCCGCUCUGUGACCAAGAAGUCUUUCUCUGGCCUGGACGCGCUGCAGCACCUAGAUUUGAGUAAUAAUGCUAUCAUGUCUGUCCAAGCGAACGCCUUCUCUCAGAUGAAGAACCUGCAGGAGCUGCGUCUGAACACCUCCAGCCUGCUGUGCGACUGCCAGCUGAAGUGGCUUCCCGUCUGGGUGGCAGAACAAACCUUCCUGCCCUGCGUCAACGCCAGCUGCGCCCACCCGCAGAUGCUGAAGGGCAGGAGCGUGUUUGCCGUCAACCAGGAGGAGUUUGUGUGUGAUGACUUCCCAAAGCCUCAAAUCACUGUGCAGCCAGAGACCCAGUCAGCCCUCAAGGGCACCAACGUGACGUUUGUCUGCUCGGCAGCCAGCUCCAGCGACUCGCCCAUGACCUUUGCCUGGAAGAAAGACAAUGAGGUCCUGAACGAUGCAGAGAUCCACAACCAGGCCCACCUGCGGGUGCAGGGAGGCACGGGAGGCGAGACGGAGGUAACAGAGUAUACGACCACCCUGCAGCUACGUAAUGUGGAGUUCUCCAGCGAGGGAAAGUACCAGUGCGUCAUCUCCAACCACUUCGGAUCGUCCUACUCCACCAAGGCCAGGCUCACUGUCAACAUGCUCCCGUCCUUCACCAAGAUGCCAAUGGACCUUAGUAUCCGUGCUGGAGCAACAGCCAGGCUGGAAUGUGCCGCCGUGGGUCACCCUUCCCCUCAGAUCGCCUGGCAGAAAGACGGAGGCACCGACUUUCCUGCUGCCCGUGAACGCCGUAUGCACGUCAUGCCAGAGGAUGAUGUGUUUUUCAUAGUGGACGUCAAGACCGAGGACAUCGGCGUUUAUAGCUGCACAGCUCAGAACACAGCUGGAGCAAUUUCUGCAAAUGCUACACUAACUGUUCUAGAAACGCCCUCCUUCUUGCGGCCACUCAUGGAUCGCACUGUGGCCAAAGGCGAAACCGCCGUCCUCCAGUGCAUAGCUGGCGGCAGCCCUCCCCCAAGGCUAAACUGGACCAAAGACGACAGCCCGCUGGUAGUGACUGAGCGCCACUUCUUCGCAGCUGCCAACCAGCUCCUCAUCAUUGUUGACGCUGCUGAGGCUGAUGCAGGGAAGUACACUUGUGAGAUGUCCAACGCGCUGGGCACCGAGAGGGGCAACGUUCGGUUGGCGGUCAUUCCAAAUCCCAACUGCGACUCUGGAGUGCAGGGCGGCGUGGUAGUCGGCUUUGUGGGCGGGGCAGGAUCAGACGAUGAUGGGUGGACCACCGUAGGAAUCGUCAUCAUAGCUGUGGUGUGCUGCGUGGUGGGAACAUCACUGGUUUGGGUGGUCAUCAUCUACCACACCCGGCGACGCAAUGAGGACUGCAGCGUCACUAACACAGAUGAGACAAACCUGCCUGCUGACAUCCCCAGCUACCUGUCCUCCCAGGGCACACUCGCUGACCAACAGGACAGCUACAUCCCAUCAGAAAGCGGCAGCAGCCAUCAGUAUAUGGCUUCAUCCGUUAGCGGCUUCUACCUGCAGCCUAAAGACAUGAACGGUCUUUGUCAGCUGGAUACAGGAAGUGAAGCAGACAUGGAGGCAGCCAUUGAUCCUCUGCUCUGCCAUUAUCAAGGUCCCGUAAGCUCACUGCUUCGGCGAGACAACAUGUAUUCCACUGACCCAUCAGAAGUCUUCACAGGCUGUUCCAUCGACCAAAGGCCCGUCUGCAUUGACUCCUACAGCGGCAGCCUGUCCAGCUCUAAAAGGAGGGACUACUUCCUGUCUGAGCAUUUUGACCUCUGCUCCUCCACUGUCCUGAUGCAGCUCCCCAAUGCCAGUCUCCAUCACGGCCCCUCCCACCAGCAGAGUGACCGCCGACCAUCCAUGGAGGAGGAAGAAGCCAAUGACUACGGGAGACCUCACGAGUGUCUUUCCCCCUGCAACACCUUCAUGGGAACAUUUGGGAAAGCUCCCUGGAGGCCUCAUAAGGACCUUUACGGCUUUGGCUCGCCGUCAGUGACACUUAAUGGAAUAACUCUGCACGAGAAUCCAUACGCCGCUCCGGACGCUGAUUCAGACCAGGAGGACGGUCUCACCAAGGACUCGGCAUCGGAGCAGAGCAACAGUGUUUAUGAACAGCCAUUUGACAGCAGCAGGACUGAUCAUCCACAGCGCAGAGCGAGCACUUAGCUGAGUGACUCUUGUUUUUCAUGGAGAGGACAACCAAAAAACAUUUCUACCUCAUUGAAUGGACACUUUUGCAAUAAAGGACUCCUCAAAUGUGCAACGAGUGAAUGUAAAGGACAAUUUGAUGUUCCUAGAGAAAAAUAAAAAAGGAGCAUAUGAACAGCUGUUCUUUAAGGACACAGCUUCAAUUAAAUAAUAUAGAUGAUUAUAUGCAUUUUUUAUAUAAAGUUUAUUAUAUUUUGUAAAUUGUAUAUAAACAGAUUCCAUUAUUUUUGCUUACCUUUUGUGUAUGAGUAUUUUGCAGCCCUGUCUAUUUAGUUAUUCCAGCUUUUGAAUGAAGCACUGUUUUGCACAUAUGUAACACAUAUGUAACAAUAAAAAACACCUUAAUGUGUGCUGCUACAUUCACUUCAGUGCUACGAGUCGUCAAUGAUGUUUUCAUGUCUUUAUAGUGCAGGAUAUGUGUUAGAGAUUUAAAGGACGUGGUGGGUUUUGAACGCUGGCCUUUUAGAGCAGAACCACAGACCGCCAAGGACACUUCAGGUCUGUCUUCAGUCAGCCCCCCCACCAAGAGAGAGACAGAGAGGAUGUUUAACUGUUUGGUAUCACAAUCUGGUUCCAUGUAAGGCUGACCGAUGAUUACAUAUAAUAGUGUAUCAACUUUUAGUGGAAUCAUGUGUUAAUGAUAUGAUCUUUUGUUAUUGCUCUACAAAUUUACUUGUCCAAAUGAAUGAUUCCAAGCAAGCUGAAGAAUUUGAUCUUGUGUUAUUUUGCAUACAUUUGCCAUAUUGUGAUUUAAAUAAAUACCAGAAAAAUAUUA